GCGCAGUCGUACGGUCUGCACUCAGCCGCUUGCGCAGGCGCAGUGUGAGCAGCUCAGACCCGGGCGCAGGCGUACUCGUCUUGCUCGCAUCUUUGCUUCCUAAGCCCUGGAGCUCGGCUGGAGUUGGGUGGGUCUCCACAGCAGUGGCGACCAGUGACAGCGGCUGCCUGAGACCCAGACGGAAAUGGCGAUGGCGAUGUCGGACAGUGGAGCGAGCCGCCUGCGGCGGCAGCUAGAAUCAGGGGGCUUUGAGGCACGGCUGUACGUGAAGCAGCUCUCGCAGCAGUCGGACGGGGACCGGGACCUCCAGGAGCACCGGCAGCGCAUCCAGGCUUUGGCGGAGGAGACAGCGCAAAACCUGAAACGCAACGUCUACCAGAACUACCGGCAGUUCAUAGAGACGGCCCGCGAGAUCUCCUACCUGGAGAGCGAGAUGUACCAGCUCAGCCAUCUCCUGACGGAACAGAAGAGCAGCCUGGAGAGCAUCCCGCUCACCCUGCUGCCGGCCGCGGCCGCCGCCGCCGCGGGAGCCGGCGCCGCCUCCGGCGGGGAGGAGGGGGCGGGUGGCGCCGGGGGCCGAGACCACCUCCGAGGCCAGGCCGGCUUUUUUCCCAGCCCCGGGGGCGCCUCGCGUGACAGUUCCGGCCCGGGCGAGGAAGGAAAGCAGCGCACUCUCACCACCCUGCUUGAGAAGGUGGAAGGCUGCAGGCACCUGCUGGAGACCCCGGGGCAGUACCUGGUGUACAACGGGGACCUGGUGGAAUACGAAGCGGAUCACAUGGCCCAGCUGCAGCGGGUGCACGGCUUUCUCAUGAACGACUGUUUGCUGGUGGCCACCUGGCUGCCCCAGCGGCGGGGGAUGUAUCGCUACAAUGCUCUCUAUCCCCUAGAUGGCCUGGCCGUGGUCAAUGUCAAGGACAACCCACCCAUGAAGGACAUGUUCAAGCUGCUGAUGUUCCCCGAGAGUCGUAUUUUUCAGGCAGAAAAUGCCAAAAUAAAACGAGAGUGGCUGGAGGUGCUGGAAGAAACCAAGAGGGCCCUCAGUGAAAAAAGACGAAGGGAACAGGAGGAAGCAGCGGCCCCUAGAGGGCCUCCCCAAGUGACCUCCAAGGCCACGAACCCGUUUGAGGAUGAUGAAGAAGAAGAACCAGCCGUCCCCGAGGUAGAGGAGGAGAAGGUGGACCUAUCGAUGGAAUGGAUCCAGGAGUUACCUGAAGACCUGGAUGUGUGCAUUGCUCAGAGGGACUUUGAGGGGGCCGUUGACCUGUUAGAUAAGUUGAAUCAUUACCUAGAAGACAAGCCCAGCCCACCUCCUGUAAAAGAACUCAGGGCCAAGGUGGAUGAGCGGGUCCGGCAGCUCACAGAGGUGCUGGUUUUUGAACUGUCCCCAGAUCGUUCCUUGCGAGGUGGGCCCAAGGCUACUCGCAGGGCGGUUUCUCAGCUGAUCCGGCUUGGCCAGUGCACAAAGGCUUGCGAGCUGUUUUUGAGAAACAGAGCGGCAGCCGUGCAUACGGCCAUCCGUCAGCUUCGUAUUGAAGGUGCCACUUUGCUCUAUAUUCAUAAGCUGUGCCAUGUCUUCUUUACGUGUCUUCUUGAGACUGCCAGAGAAUUUGAGACAGAUUUCGCCGGCACCGACAGUGGCUGCUACUCUGCCUUUGUGGUCUGGGCGAGAUCAGCCAUGGGCAUGUUCGUGGACGCUUUCAGCAAGCAGGUGUUUGAUAGCAAGGAGAGCCUCUCUACGGCAGCAGAGUGUGUCAAAGUGGCUAAGGAGCACUGCCAGCAGCUGGGUGAUAUUGGACUAGACCUCACCUUCAUCAUCCAUGCCCUUCUGGUGAAAGACAUCCAGGGGGCCUUGCACAGUUACAAAGAAAUCAUCAUUGAAGCCACCAAGCAUCGCAACUCGGAGGAGAUGUGGAGGAGGAUGAACUUGAUGACUCCAGAGGCCCUGGGCAAGCUCAAAGAAGAAAUGAAAAGUUGCGGGGUAAGUAACUUUGAGCAGUACACAGGGGAUGACUGCUGGGUGAACCUAAGUUACACAGUGGUUGCUUUCACCAAACAGACCAUGGCGUUUUUGGAAGAGGCCUUAAAGCUGUAUUUCCCAGAGCUGCACAUGGUGCUGUUGGAGAGCCUGGUGGAAAUCAUUUUGGUGGCUGUUCAGCACGUGGACUAUAGUCUUCGGUGUGAGCAGGACCCAGAGAAGAAGGCUUUUAUCCGACAGAAUGCGUCCUUUCUGUAUGAAACAGUGCUCCCUGUGGUGGAGAAAAGGUUUGAAGAAGGUGUGGGGAAACCUGCUAAGCAACUCCAAGACCUGAGGAACGCAUCUAGACUCAUGCGGGUGAAUCCUGAAAGCACAACAUCAGUAGUCUGAGACUUGAGUCUGUUCAUACGUGUACAGAUUAUAGUGCUUAUAUGUUAUUUAUAUUUAUAUUGUUGUAUUUAGCAUAUUCUGUAUAGUCUCAAACACAGCUUACAAGUAAAAAGUGCCCUCAGAGAUGCAAAAUCAAAAGCAGAAAGGAAAAGAAUGUGAAAUUAAGCCCAAAUAACAAAAAUAUCAGAGUUGUUAAAACAUAUACUGACCUUUUAAAUUAUGCUAGUUCUCUCAUGGGUUUAUGAUCGCACUACAGUUAUUUCAGCUUCUCCUUUGAACCAAAACACACUUUCUCACAGUGUAUCUUAUUCAGCACAGAUACAUAUGUCUACAAAUACAUCAGUUUAAGUGUGUGUGAAAAGUUUCCCGGUUCACUACACGGUUACGUUUCUUAAAGGGUACAGUACCAUAUAAAACACCCUGCCUCAGUACUUCCCCUUCUUGAAGUGUGAUUGAACACUUUUUGGGGAAAAGAAAGGAGUUGGGAAAGUUGGUUUUGGAGUAAACUCUAGUCAAAAGAAUUCUUUCUCCAUGAUCUAGCUAGCUAGCUUGGGGACUCAGAUUCUCCAGUCCCUAUGUAAGAGGAAGCUUUUAUACAAAUUCAGACAUUUCCAACAUAAUUUGAUGGCUAGUUAUUUUCACUUGCUAAUUAGCAGCUCCAUAGUUUCCUAUUGGAGUUGGGAACGUUUACUUGGAAAUCUUAAAGAUUGUGAUAAAUGUUUUUCAACACGUUUCUGAAUUGUGUGAAUUUCCAGCUGGAGCUUUUGUCUUUGUUAUAUUUAAAAAUAAUAAUAAAACAGGAAACUUGACGAUCCUGACUGCAGCCGGUGAUUUCAGCUCCCUUUUCAAUGUAGGUUAUUAGGGGCUGUCUUCAAGCAAAUGCAAAAAUUUUUUCACUGAACUAUUUAGAUUUUAGGGACUGAGUAGCUGGGAAAGUAGAAAAAAAAUCAUAAGCAAAUCUCAGUGGUCUCACUGAGCAUGACUAAUUUUAGCAGAGAUUUGUUUUUGGUUUUGUAUUUUUGUAACAAAGUAGAGACCCGAAGUGAGAUAGUGUGCCCAGAGGAAAGGGAAGAGGAGAAUCUUUUCUUUAAAAAAAAAAAAAGAACAAACUCCUGGAAUGCUCCGUGCUGUGUUUUUCUUGUUUUAUUUUUUACUUUCCUUCUUUGCUUUUGAAAGUGAAUAUAAUGCUUACCUUAGAUUGUUAGUAACGCACAAAUAAAAAUAAAUAUGAGCUUCCCAAGAUUUCUAAAUGAUUGCUUCCAUUGUGUAUUAAUUAUAUGACAUUCUUCAUUCUUUGAGAGAAAUUGUGCUUGCCAAGAUUCAUUUUUUUCCUAGUUGUGAUUCUUGUCCUUAAGUGCCACUUUGGGUGCCAAUGAUUUCAAAAGGUCAUUUCUUUCUUCUUAAUAAAAAUGGUGUUAAUAAGACUGUAAAAAUUAUGUAAAAGCUAAAGUAGAUUCCAAAUAGUGGCUCAAGGUUGUAAAACUCCUUGACUUGAUUACUUAUGCUAGACCAGCCUUUUAUUUUCUUUUUGACUGUGUUUAAUCACAAGGUUGAAAUUAUUAAAAUUACAAUUUUAGGCCUGCGCCGCGGCUCACUAGGCUAAUCCUCCACCUUGCGGCGCUGGCACACCGGGUUCUAGUCCCGGUCGGGGCACCGAUCCUGUCCCGGUUGCCCCUCUUCCAGGCCAGCUCUCUGCUGUGGCCAGGGAGUGCAGUGGAGGAUGGCCCAAGUGCUUGGGCCCUGCACCCCAUGGGAGACCAGGAGAAGCACCUGGCUCCUGCCAUCCCGCGCCAGCCGCAGCGCGCCUACCACGGCGGCCACCGGAGGAUGAACCAACGGCAAAAAGAAGACCUUUCUCUCUGUCUCUCUCUCACUGUCCACUCUGCCUGUCAAAAAUUUAAAAAAAAAAAAAUUACAAUUUUAAUUUUUUUCAUAUAACUUUAGGAUUUUCUAGAUAACUACAACAAUAUCUCUGUGAACUAAAUUAUACUUUUUUAAGAUGACUGGAAACUUGAAUUUUGUAAAAUUAUGUUAUUUGAUUAUUUUUGCCAUUUACACUUUAUAACAUUAUACUGUAUGAAACUCAAGUAUAAAUACAUGAUGCUGGUCUGUGAAAUGAUACUUCUGAAAUCAAAAUUCCUCUUAAGGCAUGAAGUUGUAGAAACUUAAAUGUGUAUGUAAACUCAUAUUUAAAUGGUUUUGUCUUCAUAGAACUGUCUACUUUUUGAAACUGGAAGUACAGAGUUUUCUUAUGUUAAAAUGUAUGUGUCUCUUAAUCAGAGUUAUAACUGAAGGAAGUAAGCUUUUGCUGAAUCAAUUAGUGGGAAGUUGACUCAAGACCACCAGUGUUGUAAUGUACCUUUGUGUCCAGAAAAAAAAAAUUACAAUAAUUGCAAUAUUCAAAGUGGACUGAGACCUUCUAAUUCUUUUGUUUCAUUAUACUCCAAAACAAACUCUAAAAAUUGAAUGCAGUUCAAAAAUGCUGUACAUAUUGAAAUAUACAGCUCUAGCAUUGACUGCCUUUGUUUUGUCUGCUUCAAGCAGAACACUGUCACUGGAGCUCGGAAUCACAGACUUGAUUGAAUUAAAUGCUGUUUGGGAAAGCGUGCCCUGUGGAAUUAAGUCUCUUUUUUGAUUAAAGUCUCAUUUCACUUAACUGCUGAGGACUUUUUAAAAAAUGCUACCUAUAGAAGUCAGCACUUGCUUUUUGCAACUUGAUAUCUAGGAUUGGGAAUUUGGGACUUCAUGUGUAGGUUAAAUUAGUAUAUGUACAUUUUGCUUAUGCUGUGACAUGAGGGAAUCUGAAAUGUUCUGUAAAAAUAAAUUAAAAUUU